AUGGAUGAGGAAAACAUGACGAAAAGCGAGGACCAGCAGCCUCUGAGUUUGCAAAAAGCCUUACAGCAGUGCGAGUUGGUCCAAAACAUGAUAGACCUGAGCAUCUCCAACCUGGAAGGGCUUAGGACCAAAUGUGCUACUUCCAACGACCUCACACAAAAAGAAAUCCGGACCCUGGAGAGCAAGCUGGUGAAGUACUUCAGCCGGCAGCUGUCCUGCAAAAAGAAGGUAGCCCUGCAGGAACGCAAUGCCGAGCUGGACGGCUUCCCCCAGCUCCGGCACUGGUUCCGGAUCGUCGACGUGCGGAAGGAAGUCCUGGAGGAGAUCACCCCGGGCCAACUGAGUCUGGAGGACCUCUUGGAGAUGACGGACGAGCAGGUGUGCGAGACCGUGGAGAAAUACGGGGCCAACCGGGAGGAAUGUGCCCGCCUCAAUGCCUCCCUCUCCUGCCUCCGGAACGUCCACAUGUCAGGAGGCAACCUUUCCAAACAAGACUGGACCAUCCAGUGGCCCACCACGGAGACGGGGAAGGAGAACAACCCCGUGUGCCCCCCGGAGCCGACCCCGUGGAUCCGCACCCACCUCUCCCAGAGCCCCAGGGUCCAGUCCAAGUGCGUCCAGCACCACUGUCACGCCAGCCCCAGCCUGGGGGCCCCCGUGUACACCCACGUGGACAGGCUCACGGUGGACGCCUACCCGGGCCUGUGCCCGCCCCUGCCACUGGAGUCGGGCCACCGGUCCCUGCCUCCGUCGCCCCGGCAGCGGCACACGGUCCGCACCCCGCCGCGCACCCCCAACAUCGUCACCACCGUGACCCCGCCCGGCACGCCACCCAUGAGGAGGAAGAACAAGCUGAAGCCCCCGGGGACCCCGCCGCCCUCCUCCCGGAAGCUGAUCCACCUGAUCCCGGGUUUCACGUCCCUGCAUCGGAGCAAGUCCCACGAGUUCCAGCUGGGUCACCGCGUAGACGAGGCCCACACGCCCAAAGCCAAGAAGAAAAGCAAGCCGUUGAACCUCAAGAUCCACAGCAGCGUGGGCAGCUGUGAGAAUAUCCCCUCCCAGCAGCGCUCCCCGCUGCUGUCCGAGCGCUCCCUCCGCUCCUUCUUCGUGGGACACGCGCCCUUCCUGCCCUCCACCCCUCCCGUCCACUCCGAGGCCAACUUCUCCUCAAACACACUGUCAGUGCCACGCUGGUCCCCACAGAUCCCUCGCAGAGACCUCGGCAACUCCAUCAAGCACAGGUUUUCCACGAAGUACUGGAUGUCUCAGACAUGCACAGUCUGUGGGAAGGGGAUGCUUUUUGGCCUCAAGUGUAAAAACUGCAAGUUAAAGUGCCACAACAAAUGCACCAAAGAAGCCCCACCCUGUCAUCUCCUGAUCAUCCACCGAGGAGAGCAAAAGUGGUACUUAAAUUCCCAAAUCGCUGUUUUUACCCCUACGGAUCCAGCAAGGUUAGUCCGGACAGAGUCCGUUCCGUGUGACAUCAACAACCCUCUACGAAAGCCACCCCGGUAUUCGGACCUGCACAUCAGCCAGACGCUCCCAAAAACCAACAAAAUCAACAAGGACCACAUCCCUGUUCCUUACCAGCCAGACUCUAGCAGCAAUCCCUCGUCCACAACGUCCUCCACGCCCUCCUCGCCAGCACCCCCGCUCCCUCCCAGUGCCACGCCGCCUUCUCCCCUACACCCUUCUCCGCAGUGCACAAGGCAGCAGAAGAACCUCAACCUGCCAGCGUCCCACUACUACAAAUACAGGCAGCAGUUCAUUUUCCCAGAUGUGGUGCCGGUGCCAGAGACGCCGACCCGGGCGCCCCAGGUCAUCCUGCAUCCAGUGACCUCGAAUCCAAUCUUGGAAGGAAAUCCAUUACUUCAAAUUGAAGUGGAGCCAACCUCAGAGAACGAGGAGGGUCACGACGAGGCCGAGGCAUCGGAGGAUGACUUUGAGGAGAUGAACCUGGCCCUCCUCUCGGCCCGGAGCUUCCCGCGCAAGGCCAGCCAGACCAGCAUCUUCCUUCAGGAGUGGGACAUCCCCUUUGAGCAGCUGGAGAUCGGCGAGCUCAUCGGAAAGGGCCGCUUCGGGCAGGUGUACCAUGGCCGCUGGCACGGGGAGGUGGCCAUCCGGCUGAUCGACAUUGAGAGGGAUAAUGAGGGGCAGCUCAAGGCCUUCAAGCGCGAGGUGAUGGCCUACAGGCAGACGCGGCACGAGAACGUGGUGCUCUUCAUGGGCGCCUGCAUGAGCCCGCCGCACCUGGCCAUCAUCACCAGCCUCUGUAAGGGCCGGACACUCUAUUCUGUGGUGAGGGAUGCCAAGAUCGUCUUGGAUGUCAACAAAACGAGGCAGAUUGCCCAAGAAAUUGUGAAGGGCAUGGGCUACCUCCACGCCAAGGGAAUCCUGCACAAGGACCUCAAGUCCAAGAACGUCUUCUACGACAACGGCAAAGUGGUGAUCACAGACUUCGGGCUCUUCAGCAUUUCCGGGGUGCUGCAGGCUGGCAGGCGUGAUGACAAGCUGCGCAUCCAGAGCGGCUGGCUGUGCCACUUGGCCCCGGAGAUCAUCCGCCAGCUGUCUCCCGACACAGAGGAAGACAAGCUCCCCUUCUCCAAACACUCGGACGUCUUUGCGCUCGGGACAAUCUGGUAUGAGCUCCAUGCCAGAGAGUGGCCUUUCAAGACCCAACCAGCAGAGGCAAUAAUCUGGCAAAUGGGCACAGGCAUGAAACCCAACCUCAGCCAGAUCGGCAUGGGAAAAGAGAUCUCGGACAUUCUUCUCUUCUGCUGGGCCUUUGAACAAGAAGAGAGACCUACCUUUACCAAGCUCAUGGACAUGCUGGAGAAACUGCCAAAGCGAAACCGCCGCCUGUCUCACCCUGGACAUUUCUGGAAGUCUGCAGAGUAA